AGUCUCGAUUUAAUAUCAACAAUUCUUGCUUGUCAUUUGCACUGUCAUUCCGCAUCGGCUUUCGCAAAGAAGUAAAAAUAAUACAUUAAAAUGACUUUGGAUACCGCUCCAGAAGUGCCCCGCGCUGGCUUCAACUUUGACAACUGUCGACGCAAUGCUGCAUUGUUGCAGGGCGGCUUUAAGCCACCGACAACCACAAAAACUGGCACCACCAUCGUUGGAGUCAUUUACAAGGAUGGUGUUGUGUUGGGCGCCGACACUCGUGCUACCGAAGGCCCAAUUGUCUCAGACAAAAACUGCGCCAAAAUCCAUUAUCUGGCCGACAACAUUUACUGCUGUGGCGCUGGCACUGCUGCUGAUACUGAAAUGACUACCGAUUUGAUUUCAUCUCAGCUGGAGCUGCAUCGCUUGAGCACGGAGCGACAGGUGCCCGUUGUGUGUGCCAACAAUAUACUGAAGCAGAUGCUCUUCCGUUACCAGGGCCACAUUAGCGCUGCCCUCGUUUUGGGCGGUGUCGACAAAUAUGGUCCACACAUAUAUUGCAUUCAUCCCCAUGGCAGUGCCGACAAAUUGCCCUAUGCCACCAUGGGAUCAGGCUCGCUGGCAGCUAUGGCCGUCUUUGAGAGUCGGUGGAAACCCGAUUUAACCGAGGAGGAGGCCAAGUUGCUGGUGCGUGAUGCAAUUGCUUCGGGUAUCUUCAAUGAUCUUGGUUCAGGCUCCAACGUAGAUCUGUGCGUGAUCCGCAAGGAUAGCACUGAGUAUUUGCGCAACCACGAGUUGGCCAACAAGAAGGGCGAACGCCAGCUAAACUAUGGCUUCAAGAAGGGCACCACACCCAUCUUGCACACGUCAAUUAAGGAUUUGCAGAUCACCGAACGCGUCCAGGCUGUACCCAUGGAAAUAGCCUAAUUCGGCAAUUCGGUUUAGUUUUAAUGUCAUUCUCGUAUUUUUGGAUAUGGUUCAGUGAACAAUAAAGCAUUGAUUUCCCACAAAAUAUAAAGGAAUAAAAAGGAAGAACACAUCAGGA